UCUCAUUAUGCUUACAGCUAAGUAUAAUUUCUCCCCCUGUACUGGUGAGGCCGCACCUCGAGUGCUGUGUUCAGUUCUGGGCCCCUCAAUUCAGAAAAGGCGUUGAGAUGCUGGAGCAGGUCCAAAGAAAGGCAGUGGAGCUGCUGAAGGGUCUGGAGCACAAGUCCAAUCAGGAGUGACUGAGGGAGCUGCGGGUGUUUAGUCUGGAGAAAAGGAGGCUCAGGUGGACCUUAUCAUUCUCUACAAUUGCCUGAAACGUAGCCAGAUGAGGCUUGGCUUUUUUGCUCAGGCAGCCAGUGACAGGGGCAGGAGGACAUGGCUUCAUACUGUGCCAGCAGACAUUUAUGUUGAAUGUUAGGAAGAAUUUCUUCAGAGAAGGGGUGAUUAGACAUUGAAAUGGGCUGCUCAGUCCUGGACAGUCGCCCCUGAUUUUACACAUCAUGCCCACUCUGCCUCGUUGUCAGCAGUAGCGGUGAAUAACAGAUAUGUGGUCACUGGGAGCAGAGAUGAGACAAUCCAAAUCUAUGACAUGAAAAAGAAGAUAGAACAUGGGGCACUGCUACAGCACAAUGGCACAAUAACUUGUUUGGAGUUCUAUGGGACUGCACAUUUACUGAGUGGGGCUGAGGAUGGACUCAUUUGUAUCUGGAACACAAAGAGAUGGGAAUGUCUGAAAUCCAUUAAGGCACAUAAGGGACAUGUGACAUCUCUUUCUAUUCAUCCGUCUGGGAAAUUAGCUUUGUCAGUUGGAACAGAUAAAACAUUAAGAACUUGGAACCUUGUUGAAGGACGAUCAGCCUUCAUCAAAAACCUGAAGCAAAAUGCACACAUAAUUAAAUGGUCCCCUGAUGGUGAGAAGUAUGUGACCGUGAUAACAAACAAAGUGGAUAUCUACAGACUUGACACGGCUUCAAUCACUGGCACUAUUACAACAGAGAAGAGGAUUUCUUCACUUAGAUUUAUUACAGAUUCUAUCCUUGCCAUAGCUGGAGAUGAUGAAAUAAUUAGGUUCUACAGCUGUGACUCUCAAAAAUGCCUCUGUGAAUUUAAAGCUCAUGAAAACAGAAUAAAAGAUAUUUAUAGUUUUGAAAGAGGAGGACAGCAUGUUAUUGUUACUGCAUCCAGUGACGGUUACAUUAAAAUGUGGAAUCUGGAUCUUGAUAAGAUUAAAGAUGGGCCAUCUUUACUGUGUGAAGUCAAUACCAAAGCUAGGCUGACGUGUCUUGCAGUAUGGAUUGACCAAGCUUCAGAAAUGAAAAAAAACUCUGAUAAAACUGCAACAUCAUCUCAAGAAACAGAAGAUGAAAAAUCAUCAGUAGCCGUGAUAAACAAAGAUUUUUGGACUACUAAAAGGCUUAAAACAGCAAAAAGAAAGAGAAAAAUUAUUCCAGGGAAACAAAAGCUGAAAGUUCCAGUGCGAAAGAAGAAAAAGAAACAGAAUAGCUUGGCGUGAAGGCAACUACUUUCUCUCCUGUAUCUACCUGCAAAUGCUGAUGUUGCCAUAGUUUUUUUAAGAAUGUAAACCCUAACAGGACAUAUACCUCUGAUCUGAUGUGCUGUUUAAAAGUAAUUCAUGUUCCUACCCUAAAAAACUUACAGAUCAUUCUGGGAACUUUCCCUAAGUGAACAAAGCAAAAAUAAAUUCAUAAUAUGUAAUGUUUAUAUUUUUAUAUUAACAUUACCAUACUUUUUUUAACUGGCUCUGAAAAAGCCAGCUAAAAUAAUAAAAACAGUUGCAUUUGUCUCAGUUA